AUAUCCUUUAGUCUCAAUCAAUCAGGCAACACCUGAUAGCCAUCCUUCUUCCAUACGCACAUCUCCCUAGACUGAAAAAAUGACACGCACGAUAGUGUACAGCACGGCGCUAGUGGCCUUUGCCUCUGUGGUCGUCAUGACGCUGGCCUCGAUCGUCCUGCCCAACUGGGUCAGCUACGGCGUGACGUCGGUCAAGGGCCGGUCCGUGACGCGCAACGUCGGCUUGCACCGGAGCUGCUCCUCGGUCCUCGAUCCCCCUUGCCGCGAGUUCCCGCUCGACCGCGAGGACUGCGCCGGCGACGGCUCCGCCUUCUGCUCCAUGUGGCGCACCACGGGCUUCCUGGUCUCGCUCGCCGCCGUGCUCGAGCUCGUCACCCUCGUCGCAUUCGUGGUCGUCAUGGCCGGCGGCAAGCAGAAGCGCGUGGCCGGCUGGCGCAUCCUGGCCGGCCUGCUCUCGGUCGUAGCCCUGCUGCUGGCCGCCGCCGUCUCGGUCGUGGCGUACCUGUACGACAACGACGAUAAGUUCUUCGUGCCCGGCUGGCACCUCGACAAGUCGUGGAUCCUGGCCACCGUCAGCGCCGGCCUGUCGGUGCUGUGCGCCGCGGGGCUGGUCACGUCGGCGUUUGUCUUGCCGCAGGAGAGGGGAUACGAGUUCCUCAACGACCCCGAUACUGCCUAAACACACACCUCACGACCAUUUGCAUUUCUGCCAGGCUCUGGCUGGCUGUAGGGCCGGCUGCGCCCGACCGGCCGGCCAAGGCAUCCUUAUAAUCACCAACAGUACACGAAACCCGUUGUUAUCCGUUUUCAGGGAAGAGUCGCCCGAGUCGGCUUUUUUUUCUUUCUCAAUAUCAUACAGGUCAUGAGUUUGUACAUAUUUGCAUACAGGACGGGGUCCUUUUCUGGAGUAGGGUUUGUUUUGCUCGCUGCUUUGUCUUUAUAAUGAUUCUGGAAGAGCAACGAGGGAGUAUAGGUACCCGGUAGGCAUACAGACAGCUACUACACCCGGGGGACAAAAGUACCGCUCGCUUUUCCAAAAAAAAAUUCAACGCCAAAUUGCGCAAGGAAUACCAGCGCCCCACAAUAUAUAUUAAAAAGUAACUUUUAUUAUAUAAUACUUAACUUGUUUUU